AUGGAACUCAAACAAAGCACAAACAUUACGCAAUUCAAGAAGAAGUACAAAGGUCUACCAGAGCUGAUCAGAACCCAGGGGAUUGUAAAAGCAGCAGUAGGAGAACAGGCCCACUUAAGAUGCCAGCUACUGGAGUCCAGAGAUGUGGUCCAAGUUACCUGGCAAAAGAUUUUACCUGAUGGGGUAGAUGAUAUUGCCACUUACAGCAAUUUCUCCGGCUCCAAGGUCAACCUGCAAUAUCAAGAGAAAGUGAAGAUCCAGCAUGCCGGGCUGCAGAACAUCUCCAUAAUUAUCAACAGGGUGGAAAAACAGGAUGAGUGCUGCUACAUGUGUCUGUUUAAUGCCUUCCCUGAAGGCUCGCUCACUGAGCACACCUGCCUCAAAGUCUAUGAACAACAUGAACCCAUAUUACGCAUCAUGAACUCAAAUUCAGCCGUGUCCUGCUCAGCCACAGGGCAGCCUCCUCCAACCGUAAUGCUGAAGAUCCCUGGACAGGCCUUCUGUUCCUCAAACUACACCACCGACACCCUCACCAACCCCAACGGGACAGUCACUGUCACUGCCAGCGCCACAUUGUUGAUGUCCAAGAGCAACUGCACACAGGUGGGGUGUGUGGUACACAUGUUUUCAGGCGAUGUCAGGGAGUUGUCUGAGACAUUUUCUAAUGCCAGCAGAACACCACUUGUGGUCCUCAGUGUUCAGUAUUCCUGUUGA